AUGUCGUUAAAAAGAUUUAUUGAUGUGACAACAGUUUCUCAGUUGCUGAAGAAGAACAUUAUCAACAAGGAAGGUGUUCGACUCUUGGAUUGUUCCUAUUGUGUCGGUCAGAAGCCCGAUUGGAAGGACUUUAAGAAGCAUCUCUAUGGAAAAUUCGAGAAGAUCCUUGCUCUUCCAAGUUUGUCCAAGGAAUUGUAUCUGUCCGGUCACAUUCCUGAAGCAGUGCAUAUAACAUUGGAUGCAGCUGUGUAUCCAUCGAAAUAUGAACGUUUCGCUCUCUAUCCUCCCGAACUUUUCGAGAAAUAUAUUCAGAUGGUUGGGAUCAACAGUGGAGAGCAUAUCAUCUUAUAUUCCCGUGGUUCCAUUGGAGGAAUGAUGUACAGCUCUAAGUUCGCUUGGCUGUUUAAGUCGUAUGGUCAUGGGAAGUUGUCAGUUGUUGACGGUGGAUUUGAUCAAUGGAAAAAAAGUGGCUUUGAAGUUAGCAAAGCGGAUGUUCAACUGCCCCAUGGAAAUUGGAAAGCUAAAGACGAUAUAUCCUUGAAUAACAUCAAAUUUGAAGAGAUGGAGGCGAAAGAGGGAGGAAAACAGUACAUGGACCAAACGGACAAGAUUAACUUCAUCGAUUCACGAAUUCGUGGCCAGUUUAAUGGUACGGAAGAUACGGGUUUAGAUCCCUAUCGUGUGGCUGGUAGCAACAUUCCUGGUUUUAAAAAUAUUCCAGCUGCCGAACUUAUUGACGAGAAGGGAGUUAUGAAAAAUCCCGAAGAGAUUCGUCAGUGGCUUUACGCUAACGGAUAUCGGCAGGAUCAACCGGUUGUGACCAUGUGUAAUACGGGGAUGCAAGCAGCUAUGCUAGCUUAUGCAGUUGACACAGUCCUCCCUGGAGUGUCUCCACGAGUCUAUAAUGGUUCAAUGAAAGAGAUGGAAAUACGGGAUCCCAAGAAAAUCUCUGGUGGAAAGAAACAUCUAUCGCACUGA